AUGCCACCAUCUCGCUGGGCGGACACGGAAGAGGACGCGGCCGAACACGCGCGACGGAAGGCUGAAAAGGAAGAGAAGAGACGUUUGAAAUUGGAGAAGCAGCGAAAGGCGGAGGAAGCACAGCGCGCAGCAGCAACACAAGCGGACGGAGAAACAGAGGAUGACGGGAGGCCUCACAAGAGACGCAGACUUUCACGGGAUGGUGCCAACGAGAUAGCGCCUACUGCGGAGCCCGAGUGGAAGCUGCUACGAUUCAACGCUCCAUCAUGGCAGCCAUGCCGAUCUGUAGAGCGAUUCGACCGGCUGAACCACAUUGAAGAGGGAAGCUAUGGGUUUGUGUCAAGAGCUCGAGAGGAGGCCACUGGGGAGAUAGUGGCAAUCAAGAAGCUGAAGAUGGAUCCCAUGAGAGAUGGAGGUUUUCCGGUCACCGCGCUUCGAGAGAUACAAUGCCUCAACGCGGCCAAGCAUCAGCAUAUAGUGGAUCUUCGAGAAGUCGUGACAGGCCAAGGGGAUGCCAGAGGAGACGUGUAUCUGGUCAUGGAAUUCUUAGAGCAUGAUCUCAAGACAUUGCAAGAAGAGAUGGAGGACCCAUUUCGACCAUCUGAAAUAAAGACUCUGCUGUUGCAACUGGGAAGCGCCGUCGGGUUUCUACACGACCACUGGAUCCUACAUCGAGAUCUCAAGACAAGCAACAUCCUCAUGAACAACCGCGGGGAAAUCAAGCUCGCAGACUUCGGCAUGGCGCGUUUCUACGGAGACACUCCACCGUCCAACCUCACUCAACUGGUCGUUACACUAUGGUACCGAUCUCCCGAAUUGCUCCUCGGCACUUCCACAUACGACUCAGCAAUCGACAUAUGGAGCAUUGGUUGUAUCUUCGGCGAGCUGCUAACCAAGAAUCCUUUGCUCCAGGGCAAGAACGAAGUAGAUCAGCUCAGUAAGGUGAGUUGCACACCCAGUCCUUCAACGGGGCUGGAAAGAUCAGAUGCGAGAUAUUUGUCCCCUUUAUUGACGUAUAUGCAGAUAUUCGAGCUAUGCGGAAUUCCGACAGAGGAGACUUGGCCUGGUUUCAAGAGACUUCCAAAUGCGCGUUCGCUACGUCUGCCCCCUGGUAAUAGGGGUGCUCAAGGGUCGAUUAUACGCUCCAAGUUCUCGACGUUAACGAAUGCUGGAGUGGGGUUGCUGAAUGACCUGCUGUCGCUGAAUCCUUCGAAGAGGCCGUCUGCGAAGGAGAUGCUUCAGCAUGAGUACUUUCAGGAAAAUCCGAGGCCGAAGCCGACUUCUAUGUUUCCGACUUUCCCGUCCAAGGCUGGACAAGAGAAGCGGAGAAGGCAUGCCAGUCCGAAUGCGCCUAUUCGUGGUGCAGCGCCUGGGUUGCAGGGUGAUGUGGAUUUCAGCUCCAUUUUCAAAGGACGGGAAGGAGAAGAGAAAGGUGGUGGAUUCCAGCUUAAGCUUGUUUAA